CGCGCCUAUGAGCUGGUUUGCCAUUAAAACUCAAAGACGAAGAAGAAAUAAUGAAGCAGGAAAAGGAAAUAGAAGAAACGGUAGCAGCAUCGCCAUUUCGCUUUUCAUUCAUUGGUGUCGAGGCCUACAUCGUUUUAUAGGAUACACAGAACUCCAUCAUGGUGAAAAUUUUUAUUGGCAACCUUGCCUGCAAUACCACACCUGAGGAGCUGCGUGAACUCUUCGAGAAGUAUGGCAAGGUCUCAGAAUGUGACAUUGUCAAAAACUAUGGUUUUGUACACAUGAACAGCAUGUCUGAAGCGGAGGAGGCCAUUCAGAACCUCCACCAGUACGAAUUGAAUGGUUGGCGCAUCAAUGUGGAGAUAAGCAAAGGGAGGCCCAAGUCCACCACCAAGCUACACGUCAGCAACCUUGGGGAGGGGGUCACCAGUGAUGUUCUGCGGGCCAAGUUUGAAGACUUUGGCCCGGUAGUUGAGUGUGACAUAGUGAAGGACUACGCCUUUGUUCACAUGGAGCGAAUGGAGGAUGCCAUGGAUGCAAUCGAUAAGCUGGACAACACAGCCUUCAAAGGCAAGCUGAUGAGCGUACAGCUGUCCACCAGUCGGCUUCGCACUGCCCCAGGAAUGGGAGAUCAUACCGGCUGCUAUGUCUGUGGGAAACAUGGUCACUGGUCGAAAGACUGUCCUGUCAGUCGGAACGGUAGCCACGGUGACGGCACAAGAGGUCGCAGCGGCCGGGACCUUCCACGCGGGCCCCCAGGUUAUGGCAGGGGCGGCUACGGGAUGGCCUCACCUCCACCAGCUGAUUACAUGGGAGGCUCUGCGUAUAGUCGGGCUAGUUACGUAGGUGGGUUGCCGCCUCCCCCACGUAGGCUUAGCAGCUACAGCUCUGAGCUGGGGGAUAGGUACGGCAGCAGAGCAGCAGGCUCCUAUGCUGAGAGGCCAUCAGCUUAUGAUCAGGAACGUCUCUAUAGUAGUGUUGACUAUUAUGAGAAGUACAGAGCUCGCCCUUAUGGCUCAAGUUAUUUCGAGGAUCGUCGCAUGUCCUAUAUCCCCCCUCCCCCACCUCCCCCUUCCUCCCUCUCAAAGGUCUCGUCCAGUGUAGAUCCAUAUGACCGUCGUCCACUGCCUCCAUCUUCAUCAGCCGCAGCAGCUGCUGCAUACUAUGCACGAGACCGCAGCCCGAUCAGACGAGUACCAGUCUCCUCAGCAGGCUACGCCUAUGAGCGAACACGGCUGUCACCGGUAUCAGCUUCCAGGAGCUCCUAUGCUGUGUCACGACCCAAGGAUCAUUAUGCGCCACGCUAUGCGCCUUACUAAAGCCAUGGUGCCAAGGUCUGUUUGUGAACUGCAGGAGUUAACCUUUGCUUCAAACUACACGAUUCCAUCUGUCGGUGUGACGUACGGCAAAGCAUAUGAGAUGCUGAAAUUAAGACUGGAAAUUGUGUUGGCAUCUUCCAGGCAUCUGAGAUGCCAGUAGCCUGCAGAUGAAUUGUCCUUUCAGUUCCAUUCACAUAACCUGUUUUCAAUAAGGAUGAUUUGCAAACUACACAGUUUGACACUUAUGAUGUAUAAAACAAUAAUUUGCUUACUUGCUCUGCAGGUUUUCUGUUCAGUUUUUAGCCUCGUCUUUUUUACCUGUUUUUCUUCCUCACAUGAAGCAAAUUGUUAUAUUCAGAAAAUGUUUGGCUUCUGUUUAUGUAAUUUAGAGGAAGUGUUCUUGUUUUAUCAAUAUAUGAACAUUUAUCUUCCUUUUUGAAUGGGAUGAGCGUUAACCCAUGAUGUAUGAGUUGCUAGUAAUGCAGAAGAAUUGUAUUUUACUCUUAGACACACGUCUGACAUGAUCAGAGAUACUUAUAGGGAUGUGGACAUGUUUUUUUUUUUUUUUAUCAAAAAUUAUCAUUGGUGCCCAACAAUAUGCUGCAGAGGUCCAUGACUCAUCAGGAAUAUUUAAUGACAUUUAAAGCAAGUAGUUUACACUGAGAAAGGUUCUUUCUUUCAUACUUGAAAGGUAGAGAAACACAGGGUUGGGUGGGAAAGAAAACCUGCAGGCUCUUUGACCUCUGUGGCGCGUGAAUAAACUCACACUGAAGAAGACAAUAGAGAAAUUAAUCUAUAUCCAUGAAACUGACCUAGCUGACUGACAGUCAGCAUACAGAUUCACACUUUGAGGUAGAAUCUAAGGAAAGACAAUCUCAAACAUUCCAAUCUCAAUCUUUCUAAUUUGAAUGUGUCUACAAAAGUUAAAAUUGGCAAAUUUUACAACACUUAAUGAGAUGUCUACAGAUCUUAAGUCCAAAGUCUUGAAAUAAAAGUGUCGUUGAGUGACACUUAACAAGAAUGUUGGCUGACAUGCACUAUGCAACUAAGUAACAUUGUGACGUGUAUUCUUCCCUCUGACAAUGUUGCACGCUUUCCCCCGCAGCUGACAACAGAACCCAUCAUGUCUUGAAUUUUAGUCAGGGAUGGACGUUCAUUAUAUCCAUAUAACGGCAUAAGCAGAAAAUGUGAGGCAGGACUCAGGGCUUGGGCUGUGUAAGUCGUGAGGUACUUGUGUUUUGUUGAAGGUGCCUUUGUUUUGCAUAUUGGUGGAUUUGAAGUUUGUAUUUUUCAUACUAGCUGUAAAAGUACCAGCAUACAUAAAAAAUCUAAAAUGAAUAUGAUUUUUUAAUAAAGCCAAACUUAUUUUGGUGACAUUCA